AAAGAGGAAAAACAAGUCUAGCUUGUAGUGCCAGUAUUCAGUGUCUCUAACAGCCGUCAUACAGGACUUCAGCCGCCCACACAAGGAUUUCCAGGAGUAGGAAAAAGGAGACAGAAAUAUACAAUAUCAUUUUGUUUAGUUAAGUGCUGCUCGAAAAUGUUGUCAGAAGGCAGUUCCUUCAUGAAAGGAAUGAUUUUAGGGGGUCUAUUCUGUUUGGUGCUAUCCCUCCUGAGUAGUUUCAGUCCAAGUGCACAGUCGAACCCUGAGGACCAUCACCACCAUCACAUCAUGGCUCCCAGUAAAGAAGAUCUUAGGCGUCUGUCAGAGGCCCAGAUGGUAGAGCUGGGCCAUAAAGUCCGGGUGUAUUGUGUCAUUAUGGUCCAGCCCAAGGUCUUGAUGCAUUGGGCCACUGCCAAGGACACCUGGAGCAAACAUUGUGACCAGGUGGGGUUCUACAGUUCAGAAGCAGCAAAGGCACUUGAGUCAAUAGACCUGAAUGAACAAGACGAGUGGGCAAGGUUACGCAAGGCCCUGAAGCAUGCCUUUGAUAACGCUGGAGAUCUCCGCUGGUUCUUUGUGGCCCGGCCCACCACAUUUGCUAUCAUUGAGAACCUCAAGUACCUGAUCCUGGACAAGGAUCCCAGUGAGCCCUUCUACAUAGGCAAUGCCAUGAAGUCAGGAGAGUUGGAAUACGUUGAGUAUGAGAGUGGCAUUGUUCUCAGCUAUGAGGCCCUUAAAAGGCUGGUAGAGGUGUUCAAGGAUGAGGAGAAGUGCCCAGAGCGAGGGAGAACCCUGUGGAAGCUAAGUGAGGAGAAACAGUUGGCCAUUUGCCUGAAAUACACUGGGGUAUUUGCAGAGAACGGAGAGGACUCACUGGGUAAGGGCCUGUUCAACACCAAAAGUGUGGGUUCCCUCAUUGCAGACGGCAUGACCAAAAACCCCUCCGAUGUCGUGGAAAGUUGUUGUUCUGACUUGGCCAUCACCUUCAGUGGGAUGUCACCAAACCAAAUGCAGGUCAUGAUGUUUGGUGUCUACAGAAUGCGGCCAUAUGGACACAAUUUCCAUGACUCCUUAAUUUUCCUGCCCCCGGAAGGAUCGGAUAAUGAUUAAUUUCUGCUCCCCUGGAGCUGAAUGCGUCACUUUUAAGACUGCUGCUGUGAAGGCAAUUCUGACUGUUGGGAACCAAUUAGUUUUAUUCCUUUUAUUAUUUUAAGUUUUAUGGUAUGUAUUUUUCUUACCUCACAUUCACCAUCAUGUUGUGGUCAUAUGUAAUUAUAAAUAAAAUGGUAAUGUUGUGUA